UCAUAUUGAUCGCACUCAACAGCUGGUGUUCCCGUCAAUGAGCGCCAAGAAGAAUGAAAGGUUAAGUUCCCUAAUGGUUUGCCCCCACCUCCAUCUCGAAGCUCAACUGAGUGCAAAAUCCAAGAAAUUACCAGAUUAUUGCAUCGCUUCUACUGAUUGAGCAAAGGAGAAUUUGAUUCUGGUGCCUUCGAGCUCCCAUCCACAAAUCCAAGCUUGUUUCUCGCACUCAGAGCAAUCUCAGCCGAUCGUUUCCAUUGUGCAUAGUUGUCGCCAUUCAACUUCUGAGAUGCAAGAGAGAAAUUAGGCGUCUUCGUUGGAUGUAGAUACAGCUCGCUCUGUGGACCGAUUGAAGAAUGAGUCACUGUUUUCGCCAUGCCUUCGAAUCAGAUUUUGAUUUGGACUGAGAAAUGGAAUCGAGUUUUGACAAAUUCAGAUUGAAUCGGAAAUGAUAACGCCAUUAAAGCAUGGCUCUGAUACCAUGUUAAAGCAGCCAAAGAUUCUCCAAAUUGAACCGACUAUCCACGUACACGGCUCCGGCUAUGGACUCUACAAUGUCGGUACGAACUUUGAGAGCUUUGAUAGCUCCGCCAUAAAACUAGGUCUCGUCCUCUUCUUGGACCGUCAUCACAAACUCCGUGACCUUUUCAUCAAUGGCAAAAGAACUGUGUCGGAAAUGCCUAAAGAGGUCAUUAUCAACUGCUACUCGAGCGAGCUUCUCGGUGCUGAUGUUGACGAAGCGCAGAAGGGAGAGUUGGCCGGGGUUAAGGCGUGGAUAGGUUAAGAAGAUGAAAUUCGAGACGACCAUUCCUAGAGCCAUGUCGCCCAUGAAAUUCUUAACAUUUCCAACACAGUUCUUCUGCCAUUGAUGAAAAAGUCACGGAGUUUGUGAUGACGGUCCGAGAAGAGGACGAGGCCUAGUUUUAUGGCAGAGCUAUCAAAGCUCCCAAAGUUCUUGCCGACAUUGUAGAAUCCAUAGCCGGAGCCGUGUACGUGGAUAGUCUGUUCAAUUUUGAGAAUCUUUGGCUGCUUUAACACUACAUAUUAGAAUAUAUUUAGAAUUUUGAGGUUAAGUUCCCUAAUGGUUUGCCCCCACCUCCAUCUCGAAAAAAAAGAGAAACUUAUGAAGCUGGAACCACAACUAAAAAGGCUACUCCCAGGCUUAUAAUGCCAAAUUAGAAGGCAACUCUAGAAUCUCAGAUGGCACCAACGACAUUAGUGCAAAGAUUGACUUGCCUUGGACAAAAUUGGGGCUUUCAUCAAACGAUGUUGAUCGAGGUGGUUGGGCUAGCAGCACCCACGAUGGUGGCAGCAUGGAGCUUUGUAUGAUCGGUACAUGGGAGAUGAAAGCGCCGGUGUUGUAGAACUUUUUCUCAUUUACUUAUAUGUUUACCUCUGGAGCUUGCUUGCAAUUGGCUUUAUGG